AUGGGUGAAUUGGACAAGGCCGAAAAGUAUUAUAAACGAUUGUUAAGUGAGCUGACAGUGGGUGAUUCUGGUAUUGCUGACUGUUACAUAGGACUGGGUCUUGUACACAGGGACAAAGGUGAAUAUGAUUUAGCUUUGAUGAAUUAUGAAAAAGCGUUGAAAAUCGAAUUAAAAGCUCUUCCACCCGAUCACCCUCUACUCGCCUCAACAUACAGUAAUAUAGGACUCCUGCAUGAAGCAACUCGUACCUGGCAAUCAGCCUUAGAGUAUCACAGCAAAGCAGCAGAAAUAAGACGCAAAUCACUUCCGACAACGCAUCCACAGCUGGUAACCACUGAGAACGACAUUCGAAGAGUGAAAGCUCAGUUAAAGUAG